AGCAGUAAGAAAGCAUCAUUUCAAAAAAUUAAUUAUAUAAAGAGUGACUGUGGUGAUAAACAGGAGUUUGAUCCAGGAACUAAGAGAAUGUGAUUAAGCUGUACAAGCUUACAUAAGCGACAUGUCAAAAAUGAAACCAAAAGUACUUCGAUUUCAAAACAAAACAACCUUCAGCUUUCAAAUUGUGCGCGCCUCUUCUCGUUUAAUGUCUGCAAAAAUGUCGUCGGUUGUGGUCUUCUUCUCCCUUCACGUCUUACUGGCUUCUGGAUUGAAAGAGCUCCGAGUGAGGUCUGGACAAGAUGCCACUCUUCAGUGUUGGGGUCCCAGAGAUGCACACAUCACCCUGCUGGAGUGGAGCAGGCCGGAGCUCAUCUCACAGGGUUAUGUGUUCUUCUUCCAAGACCAGCGCUCGUACGAGAACUACCAGCACGAAUCCUUUAAAGGCCGAGUGCAGCUGAGAGACUCAUCCAUGAAGGAUGGAGACGUUGCUGUGAUUUUGAGGAACGUCAGGGUCAGCGAUACAGGAACAUAUGAGUGUGAGAUUACAACCAGCAGCAUCAGAAAUGGCGAGAGAGUCGUCAAAGAGUUCAAGCACUCCAUCAACCUCACAGUCACAGAGUCUGGUUUCACAGAAGGACAAUCCAAAGAAAAAGGACACAAGGAUGGAGGAGACAAGGAUAUAUCUUUUUUUGUUAUUAUGUUCAUUCUGACGUGCGGACUCCUUGGUGUUAUGGUUAUUGUUACUGUAGCUGUAAAUAUCUACAGGGGAAAAAAAUCAAUCAUCAAAAACCCAAAUCAUACCAACAUGAUGGAAAGUGAACAGCUGGCAUGAAAUGUGUCAGAUCUGUCCCAGAUCUGUUUUGAGAAAAACAAAUUAUUUCAGUUGUUCAGUGAUCCUUUUUAAAAUUAAGGCUCCUAUCCAACGUGACGUCACUUUAAUCCUUUAAAACCUCAAAUGAGCAAUCCAUGCGUUCAUCUUAUCUCAACUGGAUUACUGUAAUUCGCUUUACUUCAGUGUCGUUGUUGAUGUUAAUUAAACUGUUUAAUUAUUACUUUGUGUAGCAUUUCUCUUCUCUGAUCCUGUAAUCACAGUUACAACUUACAGCAAUGUCAUGUUAGCAAGCGAUGAUACUAACAGCCUUGCUGUGGAUCUCAGAGUCACAAUACUUUAUUAACGCCUAAGGAAUUUUCCUCUGUAUGUAUUAUUGUAGUGUCUAACUUACAAUAUAAAGCACCUCGAGGCGGCUGUUGUUGUGAUUUGCCGUUGUAUAAAUAAAAUUGAAUUGAACUGUUCAUUCAUCUCAAAUGUGUUUAGAAGUGACUUGAAGCAACUGUUUGGCGAUGUAUAAAUUCUACAGAAAAAACUGAAUUAAACUGAAAUGUUUUUUGAGUGUGUUGAGACACAUCCGAUUUCAUCAUAGAAUGAAAAUGAGUGCAUGAAGGCACAUCUAGAUUUGAACAGGGAGGAGGUGUGUUUGGUGGUUUCCACAUGAGUGAUUUUCUCUGCAUUUGUGGACUUCCUUCCCCUCGAUCUUUAUCUUAGUUCUGCAGUCUAAGAAUCUGUUCUGUUCAUUUUCAAUAGAAAUGAAUUUUCAUGGGUGAUGCUGCUAACAGAAAGUAUUUGAAAUAUUUCCUUUAACAGUGACUGAAGUGUUCCUAAAUGUCAGUUCCUAAAGUCCAUCCUGUGGACAGCUUAGUUUAUCUUUGUUGUCUCCAAAACAGAUCAAAUCUCAGUCUGGAUGAGAACACAGAUUUACAGGACUACUUUAGAAAUUUGCAAAGGUAAAAACUAAUUGUUUUAGAGUGAUAACAUCUGGUUAUGGUGACUUUUUGUGCUCAAUUGUGAUCAUUUCCACCACCUAUAACACUUCCUCCUCACACCCAUGCUGCAUAACCCAGCUGCGCACUAAGAGCUCUUUGCAAUCCCCACUUUUUAAAAAUGUCCCUAAACAUUUGUUUUAUAACAGUAGCUGCUAUUUUAAGGCAGAGUGGAAGUGGGAAAUUUGCAGCUCUUGUUAUUCAUGUUAUGUCCUUUGCUUCUUAAAUAAAAGCAGCUGACAGCUCACUGUCUGGAUCCGAAGACACGGCUGCAGCUCAUCAACUCUUUGUGUCAACAACAAAAAGCCUUUGCUGAAACUUACAGAUCAGCACAUCUUUACUUGUACAGGAAGACAGAGCUGAUCAUGUUUUCUUCAAAUUUUACAGGGAUCCCAUCUCUCCUGAACCCUUCAGAGGUCUUUGUGUUGAUAAAACAGAAACAAAAUGAGGUUUGUAUUACAACACAAACUGCAGACUUGCACAGCAGAGUGUUCUGAAACUGUUGAGUCAGCAUCAGCGAUACGGGUAUAUACAAGUGUGAGAUUACAACCAGCAGGACAAGCAGUGGCAAGAGAGUCGUCAGCGAGUUCAAGCACUCCAUCAACCCCACAGUCACAGACACAGGUGAGUUCGUAGGUUGAGCUGACUUUAACAGCACAGCUGUUUAUAAGGGUUGCUGUUCCAUGCGUAGAGUGGUCCUCUGUGUAUGGUAAAAGCAGUGCCUCGUGAAAUCCUCACAGCAGGCUCCAACAGUGGGCUCAUUUUCCUUCUGCUUGUAUGUGAUGUGGAAAUAGUUUCAUCCAAUAAGAAGCUUCCUGUUGUGGUGGGUGGAUUCUUAUACCACACUUGUUCACCUUAAAGCACCUUGACGGUUGUAAUUUAAAUCUGAAUUUAAUUGAAUAUUUCUGCUUGGUUUAUGCAUUUAUUUUGAAAGGUUCUGCACUUGAUAGACAUCCGACAGUUUGAA